CGAGAUGAGACUUGGAAUGCCGGAGUUUAGUUGUCAGGCGGUUGCCAUGGAGCUGAACAUUGACAGCGUUGCGGGACACUUGAAUAGCGAUCCGGGAGUGCGGACUGCGCUAAGAAAACCCGGACUGUCCAGUGAGAAGCUGCGCUGAUUGAUAGUAUGGCGGAAUUAACAUUUAAAUCUAUGGAUCUGAAUCGGGUGAUCAAACUUUUUGAAGACCCAUUUUCUCGUGAAUUAACUGAAAGGCAAGUGAGAAUCCUGAAAAAAGUAGCAAAGCAUUACUGCAAUGGCAUUCCAUUAAAAGAUUUGGCACAAAUAAUACAAAUACUAAAUCUUUGUGCAGAACGUGUAGAAGACCAUAAAGAGUUUGUAGAUCCUAUGUGUGAAAUCCUAAAGCUAUGUGGGCUACCUUUUCUGAAAGAGAAGACAUCAGAUGAGCUAAAUUAUGCUCAGGUUGUUGCUGAUUCAUUAUCACAGCUAGGAUGUAUGAUGCGGGUGCCAAGUUCCCAAGUAAGGAUGCAGCUUUGCAAUGCUAUUAUCAACUUUUACAAUCCAGAUCCUGUGAGGCAGCAAGUUGAAGGUUUUCAACCAACUGCUGUGAAUUACAAAGUGCAGAUGGCUGAGGUUGGGGGCUUGGCCGAAACUCUGAUUUUGUCAAUGACACUGGUUGAAAAUCAGCUACGGGAAAAGUUAUCCUUAUUGAAAGUGCUUCAACUCUUAUCUUGCUCCCCAGAAAACUGCAAGCGUAUAGCAAAAGCUGAAGGUGCAAGCAGAAUUUGCUAUCGACUCAGUGAUCCAGAUUCAUCCGGACAAUUGCUUUUUCGCUCUUCUGAAAUUUUGUGGAACCUGCUUGAAAAUGGACCAAAGGAUGAAAUAAUCAAUCAACUGAGCAACACUGAAUGCAUCUAUGCUCUGAAAGAUUCCUUUGUCCGUCUGUUGACAAAUGGCUUCAAACAUUAUGAUCGCCAGCUGCGAAAUGAUCUCCUGGUUAUCACCACACUGAUAGCAGAGAACAGCGUGCUGCCAUUAAUUGAAAGUGGAUUUGCUAAGCAACUUAUUUUAUUUGCUACAUUUUCAGAAGUAAAAAGUCACAGCCCAUUGGUUAAAAGUCUAAAACUAUUACAUAACCAUGAAGAUUUUGAGAUGAAAAAACUGCUCUUCAAUAUGAUUGUGGUUUUGUCUAGAGAUAUAUCGGCAGUACAGUUAUUCAGUGAUGGAAAAGUGGUUCUGGCACUUUUUAACUAUGUGAAAGCCUAUGAAAAACCCGGGAAACAUGACUGGCCUGCUUCUCGUUUUGAAGACUUACAGCUUCAUGCCAUCGCUACCCUGGCAACAGUGGGACCUUUGCUAUUGGAAGAUUACAUGACAUGCCAAGGAAACACUCGCAUCCUACUUUUUUUGGAAUGGUGUGCAAACCAAGAUGCAUUUUCUGGGCAAGGCAACUGUUUCCAUGGUGCAGGAGGUCGAGGCAACAAACAUGCCCAAAUGCGUUACAGUUUGAGGCUGCUGAGGUCUGUUGUGUCCAUAGGGGAUGAGACUGUGAACCAGGACCUGUGUGAUCAGGGAGCAAUUAAUCAACUCCUAGGAAUACUGAGGAAAAUUGUUAAUGGUUCCAGUGAGAAUGAAGAUGCUAUACUGCUGGAAAUCCAGACGGAUAUACUUUUCAUUUUGUCUACAGUCUGUGGAAAUGAUCUUCACAGGAAGGAUUUAUUUGGGUCAGAAGGGGUAGAUGUUCUUCUUCAGCUACUAAACAUGGACCAGUCAAAGUAUUAUAGUGGACUUGGCCACAACAAGCUUAUAUUUUGUACGCUGGACUGUGUUUGGUGUUGUGUAAUUGGAUGUUUCUCCUCUGAGGACUAUUUUCUGGAAAAAGAAGGCAUGUUUAUCAUUUUGGAUUUACUUGCUCUUAAUAUGAAGAGUAUGAAUAACCUGGUGCUUGGGAUAUUAGUGGAAUUUUGUGACAACCCAAAAACCAUUGCACACAUUACAGCUUGGAGGGGAAAGAAAAACGAGACAGCUCCUAAACUUCUGCUAAAUAUGUGGAAACAAGAAGAGGCAGAGCUUGAAGUUAAACAAGAUGAGUACGGGAGAAUCAUUGAUGCACAGAAACCUUUAGCCGGACAACUUCAAGAAGACCAGGGUGUAACGCCACUACCUGCCAACUGCUUCAGCUUUGCAGUCAUGGAAGUAUCUGAGAACACCCGAGCCAAAAUUUAUUCUGUAUUUUCUAAACUUGGCUUUGAAAACCUUCCUGGGUUAUCUGUUUUGGAUUAUGUCACACUCAGCGUAAUAAGUCGAUAUCUUGAUUUCAAAGUUGGAGAAAUAUGGCACGAAAUUAGGGAUGAGCUGAAAGCAGAAAAUAUCCAGCCAGUGACCUCUGAUCAAGAAGCCUUGGAGAUUGUCAUAAAAUCAGCAGAAAACACAAGUAAAAUGGUUGCCUGCCACCAGACUGAAAUGAUUGAAAACUACCAGCAAAUGGAGCUCCAGGAGGAACAGCAGAAAUAUGCGGAGAUUCAAGCAAACCAUAAACAAAGUGAAAUGGUAAUGAAAUCUUGGGAUAAUUUUGUUGCCCGCACGUCUAACUAUGAAGCGUUAAAGAAGGCAAAACGACUUCAGGAGAAAUCAAUCGAAUCAUCAAGACCAAAAGCAAAGCUCAAUAGUUCAACUUUCCAUGCAACUCAAAUAUCCCCCUUAAAUACUACAGUUCCAUGUGGCCAGCUUGUGGCUGUAGAAAGCACACCUUCCCAGUUGACAGGGGGACCACUCGCUGAUACAGCCAUUGCCUUGAAAAGAGUUCCCAUCCGUGGUGGAGCCUUGCAAAAAGACAAAAAUAUGAAAAUGUUGGAUUAGUAUCAUUCAAUUGUUUUUGUAGUAUAGAUUUUAUUUUAGGCUUCUUGAAUAUCACAGCCAUUCCCUAACAAUGCGCAGUUGGAAGAUCUUUCAAUCCCAACUUUUAUUCCAUGAUUCAACAAUAAAUAUCUGCAUUUUUGUCUUUUUAUGUAUUAAUAUAUUUGGAAGAUGCUUGAAGUAAAAUAUGAAACUGGU